GGUGUCAAAAAAGAAAUCAGAGAAUCAGCAGGAGAGGAAGGGACACUCACAAUAAGCUGGAGAACGAACUAUAAAGGACAAAAAAAAAAAAGGAGGGGAACCUGUGAGAGCAGUGUUUAAAAUACAGGCUGGCCAUAAAUAAGUGAACUUGGAGCCGCCAGCAGGCCAGGAAGAGAGAGGAGAGAAGGAACUGGGGAUUUCGACUGAGCAUCAUGUCCCAAGGAGGAUAUUUUGACAGCAGCGACCAGCGGCACUAUCAAGCCCUGGAAAUGCCCCCUGCCAGGCCCAGCGGGACGGAUCUGGGCCCACUCUGUGAAUCAGAGCUGGCCUCCUACAUUGGAGACGAGCAACUUCUCUCGGACCUGCUGCAAGGGGCCCAGCAGCGGGGGCCCAAAGGCACCCCAUUCUCUAGCUUCUUCCCUGGGGAGCCAUACCCCUACCUGGCUUAUGGAGGGGAGCGCAAGGGCCUCGGACCCUUUGACCCACGGCCUGUUGCUGUCAAGGAGGAGCCACGAGGUGGCGAUGCCGGGCGGGCAAGUGGACGGCACCUCUACAACCCCAUGCACUUCCCACCAGCCCACUGCGCCCAGGUGACCCUCGCCCAGCCUGGAGUGCGUGGUGGGCAAGCCCUGAGAGUACUGAAGGGCCCGUCUUGCAGCCCUUCCCCACCCUGCACUCCCAAGGGGAAGAAAUCGUUGAAUAAAGACAGCUUGGAGUACCGAUUGCGCCGCGAGCGCAAUAACAUCGCCGUGCGCAAGAGCCGAGACAAGGCCAAGCGCAGGGUCCUGGAGACACAGCAGCGCAUGGUGGAACUCCUGGGCGAAAACGAGAGGCUGCGCAGCCGGGUGGAGCAGCUCAUGCAAGAGACAGAGACCCUACGUGACAUUUUCCGCCAAAUGCCAGAGGCGGCUGGGCUUAUCAAAGGCCUUGGGGGCUGCAGCUGA